AUGGAAGAUCGGAUUACUCAUAUUGAGAACCGUCUCAGCAAAAUUUCUCAACUUCUUAAAGAAGGCUCUUUAAAAAAUCAGAUUGUUGAUAUUAUCAAAACUGAAAUAGAUGGAUGAAUUGCAGGAACACUGACAGUCAGUUGUAUUAAAGAAGAGAUCGAAAGGAGAUAUAAAAGAAAUCGGUCUGAAUUAAGUGAAUUUAUAACAGCUUUCCAAAAUUCUCAAGCUGAGAUUAAAAUUUCUUUGGAGAAAGUGAGCAAUUUUAGUAAAGAUAUAAGGAACCUGAAAGACACUGUUGAGGAUAUGUCGUAUGAUUUAAAAGAGAAAGCAGGCAAAACUGAGAUAUAUAAAAUCGAAAAAGAAAUUAAAGAUCUCUGCACUAAUUCAUAUGCAAAAAUUUUGACUGAAGGGAUUAAUAAUUGUGCGAAGGUUGCUGAUUUUAAUAAAAUUUAUGCAGAAAUCAGCCAGCUACGUGUUAAAAUAGACCAGGAUUAUUCUUUGCUUUCAAAUAUGAAAGGUAAUAUCAAGGUGCUGGAGAGGUUUUCUAAAGAUGUUCUUGAUGAAUUUAUUACAAAAGAAGAUCUUGUGAACUUUGGAUCAAAAAUGAAUAAAAAAUGGAAUGAGUCUGAUGCAGCUAUACAAGAUAUGAAUUGAAAAUUAUCGAUAUCAGUAGAUCAAAUGAAAGAAUUGAUUGAACAAAAUAAGAAAAUGAUAGAAGAUAAAAUUUCGAAAAAAAAUUGGGAGGAAUUCAAGUUUGAGGUUGAAGGAAAAGUGUCAAAAGUAGAGCUUGCUAAAUCAUCAGGCAUGUCCUGCAAAUUUUUACUCCCCCUCCGUGAACGAACAAAACCAUUGAAAAAAUCCUAUUUUUUGCCUAAAAGUUCACUCUCUGUGAGCGAACAAAAAAUUUUUUAAAAAAAAUGAUAUAUAAGUGAUUAUUAAUAUAAUGAAAUCUCCUGCUAAUUCUGUUAAAUUUUAAACAAAUUGCAUUUUAAAACAUAAAUUUUACAAAUUAAAUUAAUUUUUACGGAUGAAAUUUUUUAUGUUUUGAAAAAAAAAAUACUAUAAAAUUUAUAUAAAAAAAAAAUAAACCCCUCCGUAAGCGAAAUCACAGAGGGGGAGUAAAAUAAUUUCUAUAUUUAGUUCAGCUUGCCUAUGCUUUUAAAAAUUUUUGGAAAAAAUUGACAGCUUUGCUAAUUAUUAAUUGGAGAGUAAGAAUCUAUCAGAAGUCUCAGCCAAAAUCAUAGACUUUCAAAACGAAAUUGCAGUAUUUAAUAGAGUUCAGCAGGAGCAAGAACAAGCAAUACUAAAGCUCGAUGAAACUUUGGCAGAAAAAGCUCCAAAAUCUGAUUUCAAAAUCCUCACACAAAAAUGCGCGUCAAUCUCAACAAAUUUAGAAUUUGAAAAGAAAGUAAAUGAGCUAAUAGGAAGAGUUGAUGAGCUUGCAGACACUUCAGAAGCCAGAGAUUUGCAAUUUAUGCGGUUGGAAAGAGAACUAUCCGAAAUGUUUGUAUUCUAUUCAAGAAAAAAUAAUGACAGUAGUGAUAUAAAGUUUAUUAAAGACCUAAUUUUAGAACUACAAACCGAAAUAUCUUAUAAAGCUGAUAGAAGCGAAAUUAUGAAACAUUUAGACCAAAAAUCAACAUAUGUUGAGUAUGCUAACUCCCCCUCUGUGAGCGAACAAAACCAUUAGAAAACUCCCUAUUUUUUGACCAAAAACCAAUACCUGUGAGCGAACAAAAAUUUUUUAAUAUAAAAAUUUUGAUUUAUAAGUGAUAAUUAUUAUAAAGAAAUCUCGAACUAAUUCUGUUUAAUUUUAAACAGCUUGCAAUUUUAAACAUAAAUUUUGCACAUUAAAUUAAUUUUACUUCUCAAUUUUUAUAAUUGGGAUUUUUUUAAAAAAUUGAAAAAAAAAUCUAUAAAUUUAAUAUGAAUUUUUAAAAAAAUUAAAUUAACCCCUCUGUGAGCUAACAAAAUUUUUUUGUUCGCUCACUGAGUGGGGAGUAAAGCGAAUUAUGGACUUGAAUCAAUUCAUAAAUUCAUAAAAAUGCUUGCUAUUCAGAUUGGCACAAUUCAACGCUCUUUUAUGAGCAGCAUACCUGUAAGAGGGUCUGAAAAAGCCCAAAGAGAUUAUUUUGCAAAAACUACACAAAAAUUGAUUGAAUAUAUUUUGUGUUCUAAGCUUAAUCAAGAAGAUUCUCCCCUUCCAGAUGUAUUGAAAUCACUUCUGAAAGCUAUAGAUAAUUUAAGAACUGCAACUGAUUUCCAGACUCCUCCAACUCCUAAGACUGGAAGAUUUUUCACUCCACAUAGAAAGACAUUUAGUGCAUUUGAUCAAUAA